UUAGAAGAUGAGAUAAAACGAAUUGAUGAGAAAAUGAAAUACUUAGAACAAACCAGUUUAACAGUACAGGGUAAGCUAGAAGAAUGUGAAUUGUUUGCAGCUAAAAAUCACACUUUAGCAUCACAAGGAAAUACCGCGGCAUCACGAGCCCUGAACUCUCUUGAUGAACUAAAGAUAUGCUUGACUAGGGCCCAGAACUCCCAGGAGGAAUUAAGCAAACGGUUAAAUAAACUAGAAAAAGAGAAUGAAAAUACGCGGAAAUCUCAACAACAAACAAACAUGGAAAGCGAUGAAGACCUGAAAAGAGACAUACAGAAAUUACAGAAUCAAACACAGAUACUGGAGGAGAGCAUUACAGCAGUGAAAAACAAUUCUCAGGGAAACCAAGAGGAGCAGAUUAGAAAAGAAAAGAAAUUAGAGACAGAUUUGAAUAUGAUUUCAGAAAAAGUGAAGAAUUUGAGCCUCUCUACUCGUGAGGAGAAAUAUAAGACUGAGGAGAGGUUUGAGAAGAUAUCUUUAGAUCUUAAGCAAGGAUCAGGACUUAACAUGGAGAAUACAAUUCAGGAUAUUCAAACUAAUCUCAGAAACAUUGAAACGCAAGUGCAGAAGUUAGAAGAGACGACUAAGAGUUUUAAAACUGGAUUGGACAGCGUGAAAGCAUCCAAUACAGGAUUAGAAACAUCAAGUGUAAAAAGUAAUAAACGAAUUGACGAGCUGACCAGCAAGCUAGUCGACUGUGCCAGUGAAACAUCUGCCUGCAAACAAGCAAUUGAUAAAUUAAAGUUGAAAUCUGAGCGCCUCCCACCGCCAGAUGAAAACAAACAGAGUGAGCUGACCAACAAGCUGUAUAAUGACCUAGUAUCUCGGAUAGAUGAGGUGGAUGAGAGUUUAAAGAAUGAUCUAAGAAAGAGUAAAGGAGAAGAGGAAAAAAUAAACAACAAAAUUAAAACUAUUGACGGCAAAAUUGAAGAAGGUUUGUCGUCUAUAAAGCAAGAUCUAAAAAGCAGAAAAGAGAAUGAUGCCAUCCUCAAAACAGCACAAGAUGAGACAAGUGGGUUGUUGAAAACUCUUCUCAAUGACGUAAAAACUCUACAGAAAGACGCUAAAUCCUUAGGUGGAAAACAAGACCUGCUGAGUGAAGAGAGCAAAUCUUCAAAAUCAGAAAUCAAUUCAUUAAGGAUGACGAUAGAUAAUUUGAAAAGUAUGGAAUCCGAAAUAUCAAUUCUAAAAAAGAAUUCUUCAAGCUCUGAUGUCAGUCUACUUCAGAAAGAUAUUAUCUCCAUUAGGUCUGAUAUUGAGAAGGUUGGAAAGGAAAUGAAAGGGGUUUCUACCGAGAUCAAGUAUAUUGACUCCACUAUGAAGAAGGAUUCAGCCAAUGUAAAAUCUGAACUGGCAGGAUUUAGUAAAACUGUGAAAGGACUUGAGAAAGAUAUGAACACUCUUCAUAACAUGGUCGAGGUAUUAAAUUCUCAAGGUUCUGGCGUGGCUGACAGUGAUAUUAGCUCUAUGAAGGCUGAUAUAAGAAAGGCUGCAACUGAUAUCAAAGCCUGUGAUAAGAGAAUAGAUGAAGCUGAGAAAAAGUCUACGAAAUCUGUUGAGGAUUGUAAAACCGGUUUUGAAAAAAAAAUGGCGGAGAGUGAAACCGGUUUGGAAAAGAAAGUUGCAGAUUGUUUGGACUUUAUGAGUAAAAAAGUUGGAGAGUUUGAAACCAAACAGAAGAAAGUCACAGAUGAACUCAAUUUGAAGAUUUCAAAUGUAUCAACUGAAUUAAAAGGUUUUGAUACAAAAUUAGAAGCUUCUUCCAAAAGCAAACCAGCUUUUAAUAGUAAAGAUUUAGAAACCAAAAUCCAGCAGAGUAAAGAUGAACUUAAUACCGUCCUAGAGAAUUCAAUUAAGAAAACCAAGGAUGAAUUUAACACAAGAAUAACACGUUGUGAAACAAAACAGCAGAAGAUACAAGAUGACUUAUCAAAAAUAAAUACAGACACGGGGUCUAAAAUCCAGGGUGUGGAAAAAAAGACUGAGACAAUGGAGAUACAAGUGAAAAAGAUUCAAGAUUUGGAAAAGAGAAUGAAAAAGGAGGAGGAUAGUCUUAUUGUGACAAACAAGCAAAUUGAAUCCAUUCAGAAUGACAUCAAACAAGGGAGUAAACAAGGCGAAAACAGUUCAGAUCUAAAAAAAGAAAUCGAGAAAUUGAACAAGGAAAUUAAGGCUGGUCUAUCAGGAUGUGAGGGUAAGCAGAGUAAUCUGGAAACCCAGGUUUCACAGGUUAAAAUCAGUCUGAAGGAAGUAUCUGCUAAGAUAGACAAACUCGAGAAGCCUAAAACAACUAAAACAGAAGUGAGCAAAGAAGAUUUAGACUCUCUCAACAAAACUUUAAAUCAAACCCAGAAGAAACUAGAAGAUAAAUUUAGCUCUCAGGAGAAAGGAAUGAAAGAACUAAGUGAAAAAGUAGGGAAGUUGGAGAAAACAGAUAAUAAACCUGGAAUGGGUAGUGAAACCUCAAAACUGACAACACUGAGUAAAGCUAUAGAUGCCAUACAAGAUAAUUCUAAAUCUUUGGAAACCAUGGUUAAAAAUCUGAAAACUGAGUUCACUACUCAGAAGGAUUUAGACAAGGUUAAAGCAGAAAUUAUAAAUAAGGUUGGAGGUGGGGGAAAGGAGCUGGAUCCUAAUCAUCCUGAUAUUGGACCUAUCAUGGACUCACUUAUUAUGACGAAUGAUAGACCUUAUGUUGACUGCACAACUCUAACACCAAUGACUGGAAAUGGAUUGGUGAAAUUUGAACGAUUCAAUGCUCUGAAUAAACUGCCCUGGGAUGAUGCUAAUGAUCAAUUUGUCAUUCAGGAGCCAGGUGUAUAUGCUGUAUUUAUCUCUGCUAUCCUACAGGAUGCCGGACUAUCUAUAAAGAUUGCCAGUAAUAUGUUAGAGAGAGAGGUUUGCAGUGUUGGAUCACGUGAUGGGCUUGUAGGCAGUCAGGCUCCUGCAUACGUUUUUAGAAGUGGGAUGUUCCAGGUGUAUACAUAG